GGACUCGAACGUCAGAGCUGAAACUUCUUCACACAGAGCAGAUGGAGAAAGUUCACUGAGCAGGAAAAACUUCUCUGUUUGAUGUUUUGGACUCUUCAGCAGAGAUAUGAGACUGAAGGUCAGCAGCUACUGAGACAUGGACAAACAGAAAGUGCUGGCCAAGCUGAUCUGGGACCUGCAGUCCUUCCUGUCUGUUCUGGACUCGGAGAACCUGAGUUACAUCGCUCAGUCUCAGAAGAAAUCCAUCUCAGAGCUGCUGUCCAAACUGCAAACAAAUGACACUCCUGUGGAAGAUGCCGAGUACAUGAUCAUGAGCUGUCCAGCAUCGUCUCCUACCAAAGAGCUGACAGACACACCUGGGACAGGUGACCGUCGGUCCUCUGAGCUGGUCUUAAAGCGGGACUCAUCUGUGUGGCUGAGAAAUGGGGGCCCAGUGGUGCCGCCCCUCCCUCCAGGUGGACUUGACGAUGAUGAAGAUACCUACGAGGAGGCAGAACCUUACGUAGCUGACACAACCACAUCUGGAAAGGCAGAGUCAGACAGCAGCCACUACGAGUCGUACGGGGAGGAAGAUGAUGAUGAGGAGCCCGUGAAGGACAAAGCUCACUACAUCCAAUGGAGCGCCUCCCAGCCCUGCCUAAGACCCGCCCCCGAGUCCCGCCUCUGUGGCUACCUGUGGAGGAGGAAGUGGCUCGGACAGUGGACCAAACAGCUGUUCUUCAUCAGGAACAACAUGCUCCUGUGUUAUAAGUGCGCUCAGGACCUGCUGCCUCAGCUGGAGAUGAACCUGCGCGGCUGUCAGCUCGUCUACAAGUCGAAGAGCAACAGGAAGAUCCAGCACCAGCUCAGACUGGUUCCGGUGGGCUCGGAGACACUGGUGCUGGGCUACGGCAGCUUCCAGCAGGCCGACGAGUGGAGGAGGGUGAUAGAGGAGGUGAGUGCUGGAGGUGAGGUUGAGACUCGGAGUUCGUUGUCUCUGAUCAGAUCAGACCAGCUGCUGUCCUGCAGGUCCAGUACAGUCCAGACUGACUCUGAGGAGGAGAAACCUUCAGCUCGCUGCAGCCUCAACAGAGACAAAGGUGUCCUGAGCGUGCUGAUGAACUGUCAGUGGCAGAGUUUAGUAUGUCAGGUGGAGGCCGGCGUUCUCAACAUGUUUGGAGAGGAGGAAGAGGAGGAGGAGGUGAAGAGGGACCGGUCGCCUCAGUACACCGUCCAGCUCAGAGGGUGUGAGGUCAGAGCCGGGCCCGACACCAACCACUCCUACAGGAUCACACUGAGCAUGCUCGGUGACCAGGUGGCUGUGCUGGAGGUCAGUAGCUCAGAUGAAAAGGAGCGAUGGUUAAAGCUGCUGCAGGACGGCGCUGCUAAUCACAGUAACCAUGAAAACAGCACACAGCAGCACACAGGUGGAGCUCUCAGCGGGCUGCAGACUCGAAGGUUUCCCACCUCCAACACCUACAUGGACGACCCCUUCCAUCUGAGUGGAACAGGCAGAGAGCAGCCUAUCUACUCCAACAGCUCCAUACUGGAGCACAUGCUCCACACUUCUCAGGAUUCAGUUCGCUGCAGCUCGGUGUCGUCCAGAGACUCAGUGACCUACAGCAACGCCAUCUUCACCACCCACAACAGGAAGUUGGUGGAAGCGGAGCGAGGCGUUCAGAAGCUGGAGCUGACCGGGAAGAGGCCGGUGCAGCUGAGGGCGGGGUCAGAGAUCAACCUGUCGUCUGCUGGGAAGCAAAACAAGCGCACCUCUUUUAGACAGUCGCUGGCCGUCUGCACUGAGCGCGCUCAGGCGGGUUUCCUGAACCCUCUGCUGCGACGGACGGCCUCAGCAAAAAACUCUCUGAGACGAGCUCCGUCAGCGCUGUUCAUCGAACAUGGAAAGGUUUUCCAGAGGAGGAAGGAAUGGGAAACCAAAGCUGCUGCUUGACCCCGACCGUCCAAUCAUCACACCCCUCCUACAAACAACAGCUGAAGAACCUUCUGAGAACCGAUGUGGAUUUAAUUGAAAAUGACUAAACUAAAUGUCAGCUCUGGCCUCUCUGACUGCUCAAGACAUAAACUCUGAUAUCUAACAUAUCAGUGAACCAGCCUUCACCCACCGCAUGAGGCUUUUCCA